AUGAAAACCACAAUUUCUCGUUUUGCAAGGAUUAUUUUAACUGGGCGUCGAUAUUCAUCAUUUUAUACUCCGUUAUUAUCAGGACGAAAUGACCAACAAUAUUCAAAUAAAGUUAAUUCAUCUAUACCAUUUGCUUUACUUUUUGCAACAAGUUCAUUAAGUUUUUAUGAAAUUUAUAAACAUUAUCGUCUAUAUGCUUUAUCAACUGAUGAAUCAAUUCCAUCAACACCAAAAGGUCCAUUAAUAGUCGAUACUCAAAAACCAUUAGUUGAAAAAGUUCCAUAUUCAAAACAAUAUAAUUUUAUAGCUGAUGUUGUUGAACAUGUUGCACCAGCAGUUGUUCAUAUUGAAGUUGAUCUAGAGAUAUCACCUUUCUAUGGAAAUUUUAGUGGUUCAUAUGGUACAACAAAUGGUUCAGGUUUUAUUAUAAGUGAAACAGGACUUAUAUUAACAAAUGCACAUGUUGUACGUAAUAAAAAAAAUGUUAAAAUAAAAUUAGCUGAUGGACAACGUUUUACUGGAACUGUUCAAGAUGUUGAUAUGGUUGCUGAUUUAGCUGUUGUACAAAUUGAUUCUAAUCAACACAAAUUACCUUAUUUAACAUUAGGUGAUUCAGAGAAAAUACGUGCUGGUGAACAUUGUAUUGCUGUUGGAAGUCCAUUAGCAUUAUCAAAUACAGUUACAGCUGGUAUUGUUUCAAAUAUAGGUCGAACAAGUAGUGAAUUAGGUUUAUCAGGACGUAAUAUAAAUUAUAUUCAAACUGAUUGUAUGAUAACAGGUGGAAAUAGUGGUGGUCCACUUGUUAAUCUUGAUGGACAAGUUAUUGGAAUUAAUUCAAUGAAAGCAAUGACUGGAAUAUCAUUUUCUUUACCAAUUAAUUAUGCAAAAUUAUUUUUAGCUGAUAUUGAAAAGAAAAAAUUAAAACAAUCUUUAUCAACAACAACUACAAAUCGUCCACAAAGACGUUAUUUAGGUAUUAAAAUGUUUUCAUUAACACCACAAAUCGUUGAAGAAAUGCGUUUUCGUAUGCCAAUGAUGUUAUCAAUCAAUAAAGGUGUUUAUGUUGCUAAUGUAAUACCAAAAUCCACAGCACAACGUGCUGGUCUUCAAUCAGGUGAUAUUAUUAUUCAAGUUAAUGGUCAAGAUAUUGAAACAAGUGCUGAUCUUAUUAAAUAUGUUCAAGAAAAUGACACAUUAAAUUUAAAAAUUAUACGAAAUAAUGGAAUUGUAUUUAAUAUUUUAGUAACACCAGAAUCCAUCGAAUAA